GCAGCUCAUACCGGCGUGGUGGAUGGUCGACGGUGAUACGGGCGCGUCCGUAAGUCUUGCUAACUUCGUGUUCUAGCCCAUUUGUCAAGGAAUAUUAAAUUUCCUUCGAAAUCGUUGUACGAUUUACGCUGCCGUCAAUGUGAGUGAAUUGUGGCCAACGAUUAUUACUGUGUAACAUGCGUUACUUAGACGUCUCUUUAGAACUUCCCAACGACCCGCGCCGUGUGAUAAGUGCGGUAUUUUUGAAGAAGCAUGUUAUGCAGGCUGUAAAAAAAUUAUUUGGAGUAGUUGGGGCCAAGUCGCAAGUAGACAUACUCAAGUAUAACGUCACCGACCGGAGAUUCGUCCUUCGCUGCCAAUCCGACAGCUACGUUAGACUGAGAGCUGCUUUAACGUUGGCCAGUGACUACGAAGGGGAGCCUUGCGUUUAUACCGUUCAUAAAGCAUCUGCGAAUCUUCUGUCUCUAGCUGCUGAUAGCAGGACUUUUAUCCAUUAA